UUUGCACAACAAAUCAAAUCCAAUAUGGCAGCCCACAGGAUAGCAUGUUUGGGGUUAAAUGCCCUUUAUUCCACUGUCUGCGGCCCGAAGCAGGCACUGAGGACAUGCUGGGGGGCUGUGGAGCAGGUGAGAAGUUACUACGUUGACUGGAGGAUGCUGAGGGACGUCAAGAGAAGGCAGAUGGCUUUUGACUAUGCUGAUGAGAGGCUACGGAUCAAUGCACUGAGAAAGAACACCAUCCUGCCAAAAGAGCUUCAGGAGUUGGCAGAUAAAGAAAUUGCAGCACUACCUCGAGACAGCUGCCCUGUGAGAAUACGCAACAGGUGUGUGAUGACUUCCCGACCCCGGGGAGUGAAGCGGAGGUGGCGACUGAGUCGGAUUGUCUUCCGUCAUCUAGCUGAUCACAACCAGAUGUCUGGGAUCCAGAGGGCAAGAUGGUGACAUGGGAUCAUUAGUGUAUGGAGUCUUUAAGAACAUCGACUAUGAUGAAACACUUCCACCGCCACCUACAGAAGUGUGGAAGGUAUCCUUUGUGUAGAUUGUGUGUCCAUGUUUCCUCAUGGCUCUUCUAAAUAUGAACAACGACAAAAUGCCUAGUAUUUAAAGAGAAAAUUAUCGUGACUAUUAAGUGGAGCAAAUAUCCAUGUAACUUUCUGUAUUUGGAAAUGGAUGAAUAAAUACUGUUGC